UGGUUGGUUGCAAUACGCCCACCAGUCCCACUACCACAAUGGCGGGGGGGGGGAGGCACCUGGGGUGCAGGACCAGCAGGCCUGGGGUGGGGGUCUCAGCUUACACGCAAAGGGCCCGACACACACUAGGCUGCGAACAGAACCCAGGCGUCCUGGCUCCCAGCCCUGACUGCUCUAACCACUAGACCCCACUCCCCUCCCAGAGCCGGGGAGAGAACCCAGGCGUCCGGGCUCCCUCCCCCCGCUCUAGGCUGGUGGGAAGAUGCACCAGGAGUUCAUGCUGCCGUAUUACACGGCGGAUUGCGACCAGGCGCGGGGGCUAAUGAACACGGCCAUGGGGCCACUGCAGCGCCAGCUCCGGGCCGGCGAGUACGAGAUCUUCCAGUACGCCCCCAUAUUCGAGAGCGACUUCAUACAGAUCAGCAAGCGCGGGGAGGUGGUGGACGUGCACAAUCGUGUCCGAGUGGUCACAGUGGGUGUGGCCUGCACCAGCCCCACCCUCCUGGUGCCCAACGUGCUGCUGCUGGCCCGGCCCGUGGUCCCCUCUGAGGACAGCCGGGGCCGCAGGGGCCCCCCUGCCAAGGCACUAGAGCUCACCAGGCUGCUCCCGCUGCGGUUUGUGAAGAUCUCGGUGCACGACGGCGAGAUGCUGCAGCUGCGGCUGAAGCUGGCCAGCGGCCGCUCGUUCUACCUGCAGCUCUGCCCCCAGGGCGACGCCCAGGCCGAGCUCUUCGCCAUGUGGGUGCAGCUCAUCCACCUCCUCCGGCCGCCCGCAGAGGGGAGCCCCGGGGGACAGGCCCUGCCCGGAGACCCCGGGGCUUUCGGGGAGCCCCUGUUCCGAGGCAUCAGCCAGGACACCACCGGGAGCCUGGAAUCGCUGGCCCUCGAGGAAGGGGGCCCGGAUGCCUUGAGUGUCUGCAGUUACCGGACCCCCAGCCCGUCCCGGGAUGACCCAGAGAGCUCGCGCAGCCGCACUCCCCCCAGCCUCAGCCCCUCACUGCCCCGUGAGCCGCCCAGCGUGGGGAGGGGGUCGCAGCAGGGCGGGGAGCGCAGGAGCCAGGCUGGGUCGCCAGGGGGGUCACCAGCCCCCCAGGAGAGGAGCCCGGGCAGCCUGCAGGGGAGCCCGGGGAGCAGCCCCUCGAGCAAGAAGAAAGAAUCCAGCAGGCGGGCAGAUCAAGGACGGGGAGCCACGCGGAGCAAAUCAUCGCAGAGCCGGGGCAGGAAGCCCAGCCGGAUCCUGUCGCUGGUGAAGUCUCUGUCCCGCCUCAGCCUGAGCCGCCCCCCCAAGGACAAGAAGAAGAGGCGCUGACGGCUGCCGGGGGAGGAGCCAGUAGAGAAGGGGGAGGAGCCAGUAGAGAAGGGGGAGG